GUAAUUUACACACAAACACUCAUGCACAUGCACACACACUUUGAACACAACGACACAAUUAAAUGCUGAAUUAUAUCAUUAUAUUCAUUUGAAACGGACUUUGAUCACUCCAAACAUAUAUAUCUAUCUUUAUGUUGCACAAUCACUCCACUCUGUUUAGCCUGAUCAAGUCAAGAAAUCCAUUAUGAAUAAAUGCUCAGGCUGUUUAUUGCUGUUGUUGUUGCUGUUGUUGUCGAUUAAUUUAUUGCCUAUUUGCUCUUCAGAGCAGCUGGAAAAGAAUUAUUUCGCUGACACAGUCAAAGCCAGAUGCACUCAAUGGGCCAUUGAACAUAAUGUUCUUGACAUAGACUGCGAUGAUAUAUGGCAAUCGUUUGAAAAGAUUUUACAUGACGCGCGUAAUCAGUCAGAAUGUGUUAUGCAACCCACAGCAUACGAUGAAUUUGUCGAGAAUGCAUUCAAAAAACAACCAAAGAUAGAAAAUGCACACUUUUAUUCACAAGCAUUCGAUGUUAUUCGUGCAAUGUGUAGACGUCUUGGAGAAUGUUCAAGUCUAGAAACCACACUUCCAGGAUAUUUAUUCGACGAACUGGAUUGGUGUGAGAAAAACUUCACAGGUGAUGCAGACUAUGGGACAUCGUGUGGUUGCAAUGAAACCACUAAAGUGGUAUUUGCAUUCUGGGAAAGUGCAUCUAAAAAGUAUGCACAAAUAGUAUCUGGUAACGUGUUUGUUGUUCUGAAUGGAUCAGUCGCGUGGCCAUUUAAAGAAAACGGUACCUUUGCCACUGUGGAACUUCCAGAACUUUUAAAAACGAAAGUGCAAAAAAUAACCGUUAAAUUAAUUCACAACACACGAAAGUCGCCAUAUCAUCAUACAUGUGAAUCACCGAAUAUUAAAAAGUUAGAGUCUAUAGUGAAGUCGAAAAUGAUCAGUUAUCAGUGUAUUAAUGAUCCACCUGAAUUCAAACACUUCUUAUGCAUCAAUGACCAAACCAGCAGUGAAUGUCGAUUUUCAAGUUCUUCAAGACGUACAUCAUACACGUAUCUACUGCUGUCAAGUUGUUUAUUCCUGUAUUACACUUUCACUACCUUCAGUAGCCUAAAAUAAUCCUAUUCUUAUCGACAAAUGUUAUUCAGCUAUUCAGGUUUCACUUCUGCUGUUGUUUGUAUUCAGCGUUCAUCUUCCAUAGUGUAAGACAUCAUUUGUUUGAAUACUAUCAUUUUCAUAAUUGAAUCUUGUCAUAUUUGACUUUGUGAUAGCUUUUUUGACAAAUCUAAUCAGACUAUUUUGUCAUCUUUGUGAUUUAAUUCAACUGCGCUUCAAUCUUUGACUUAUUGAAAUAAAUGCAUUCCAUCC